UCGGGACUGCUGUUGUAAAAUGGAAGUUAAUGAUUCUAUCACAUUCCAUCAGUGUGUUGUAUGCAAUGAGAUUUUUCAACAAUAUGAUGAUUUAGAAAAUCACAAUAAAAUACAUGUUAAAAAAGAAAAAAUUGAUGAUGAUGUAGAUGAAUGUUGUCAAGUUAAAGAAAAGAAAACUGAUGAUGUAGAUGAAUAUUGUCGUAUUAAAGAAGAGAAAACCGAUGACGUAGAUGAAUAUUGUCAUGUACAAUUUAAGGAAGAGAAAACUGAUGAAAUUGAAACUGUUCAUCAGUGUAAUGUAUGUGAUGAGAAAUUUAAAUCUGACGUAGAUUUAGAAAAACAUUGUAAAAUACAUGGUAAGGUCGAGGAGAUCCUAGAAAAUAUUCUACAUCAAUUUAAAGAUGGUAAUAAGAUUCCAGGCCAGACGUGUUUUAAAUGUGAUGUUUGUGGUAAAUUAUUUAAUACGCGUUGUAUGCUGGAGAAACAUGUGAGAAUUCAUACCGGCGAAAAACCUUAUAUAUGUGAUGUUUGCGGUAAAUCAUUUACUCAAAAUGUUCAUCUACAACGACACACUAGAACGCAUACAGGUGAAAAGCCAUAUGAAUGUGGUUUUUGUGAUAAGUCGUUUCGUGACAAGGGUAACCAACAGCGACAUGUCAAAACACAUACAGGUGAAAGGCAAUUCAAAUGUGAUGUUUGUAAUAAAUCAUUUAGUCGAAUUGAAAUCUUACAGCAACACAUGACCACACACACAGAAGAAAAACCGUAUGAAUGUGAUGUUUGUGGAAAAUCAUUUAAACGGAAGAGUUACCUGGUUGUUCAUAUGAAUAUUCAUAUGGGAGAUAGGAGAAAGGCUUUCAGAUGUGAUAUUUGUUUUAAAUCAUUUACCCAGAAUUGUAAUCUACAGACUCACAUGAAAAUUCAUACCAAAAAAAUGAAAUGAUAUGGCCUUAAUGUCUUCAUUAGCCCAGUCGGAGCAGAACAGUAGGACUUUCAACCCGAUUUCAUUUCAUUUACCCAGAAUUGUAAUCUACAGACUCACAUGAAAAUUCACACAAAAAAAAUGCAAUGAAAUGGGUUUUAAUGUCUUCAUUAGCCCAGUCGGAGCAGAACUUUAGGACGUUAAACCUCAUUUCAUUUCAUUUAUUUUCCACAUGAAACAAGUGUGUAAAGUCUUAAUAAGAUAGGUAUUGGAAAGUUAUACACAGUUUUUAAGGUCAUGAGACAAAGAAUCCUAUUCAUUUUCAAAGAUUUCCGAUAAUUACUGCCAGAGUUAUGGCCCUUGAUUACUUUGAAAAAUCUUGUGGACACUCUAAAGGCUUUAGUAAAUAAAAGGAAAAAAGGUACCGUAGGGUCGUUUGUUUAAAGACCCCUACACACCAGCGGAUUAUUGAAAUAAAAUGGCACCAUAUUAUUAUGUAUGUCCCAAAAUGACCUAGUUUGUGUUGAGCCCAUUGUGGUAAAUAAUUUACUGAGAGCCACCAUUUAUAAUAACAUUGUGAAACUCAUUAUGUCCGGAAACCUUUCAGAUUUAGUUUAUGUAUUAUAAUAAUCAGUGUUCGAUCCCUGCAUUGGCCGAGAAAGUUUAUCCAGAUUUUCCGGCGUGGUUCCCGCUUGUCAGUGAUGCAGGAUGGAGGGUCUGACAAGGACAGCUGUCUAGUCAUUCGGAUGUACACAUGACAGUUGGAAUUCGAUAUAAGAGUAGGCCGUAGUCCUGCUAUCCAGGCAAAAUUUCCCUCAUUACACAUUUACGUGCACGUAAAGAUCCCUUUAUAAGAGUAGGCCUUAGCGCCACUGUCCAGGCUAAAUGUCCGUAAAUGCACACUUGUGUGCCGCAUGCCCGUCUUCAUUAGCCCAGUUCGGAGCAGAACAAUAGGACGUUAAACUCCAUUUCAUUUCAUUUAUAUUUAUCUUUCUAUUCAAUGUAUUUAGUAUAUUAUAAUUAUCAAUGUAAUUAGUACAGUGGACUCUGUCCAAUCCGACAUCAUAUGGGAUUGUCAUAAUAUGUCGGAUUACGCAGAUUGUCCGAAUACUCAGUUUUCUCAAAACUGGAAGUAUUAUUAUAAUGUGGCUUCAAAACCCCAGAACGUUAUUCCCUUUAAAAAUGAUAAACCUGUCUGUACAUUCAAAAUUUUAUAACAUUAUAAUAUCUAACAAUAACAAUGCAUAUUUACAGAUUUACAAUUUAUUUUAUAUUCAUAUAACCAUUUAAAGUCGGUCAUUAAUUUAUAUUCUUCAUCGUCUCCGUCUUUAAUUGAUUGCACACCUGUUUUUGCUGUCCCAUGCUCAUUGAUAAUCGGUCGUUCUAUGUUCUGGUUGUCGUCAUGUGUUCAUUGAUAAUCUGUCAUUUGACGGUUGAGUUGUUUGAGCCAAUCAGAAUAAAUAACACUUGUCAUACAAGCCUUACGAUUGGUUGAUCAAUUGACUGACAGGUAAAUCAAGUACCAAGCGCUCUCUUACAAGAGAUUAUAAAAUUAUCAAAGUAAUCAACAAAGACCUACACAAGCGCGUUUUAAUCUUGCCAAUAAUUGAUGGGUGAUUGCCUGUUAAGUUUUUGUGGCUUCACACCUACCGAUUGAAGGUCUGAUUAUACAAUGUUGAUUCAAUGGAAAUCGUGCGACGGGACAGCUGAUUGAUGUCGUAAUUCGGAAUAUUCAGAAUACUGAUUACUCAGAGCUUUUUGGGCUGAAGUAAUAAGGAAAUAAAUCGGGACAUGAAAAUGAUGUCGGAUUUCACAGAAUGCCAUAGUAUUCAGAUGUCGGAUGUGACAAGAGUCCACUGUUUAUUUUAAUUUGAAUUCUAUUUAGUCUAUUAUAAUGAUCAGUGUAUUUAUUAUAAUUAUCAUUGCAAUUAGUAUAUUAUAAUUAUCAGUGUAUUUAUUAUAAUUAUCAGUUUAUUAUGAUUAUCAGUGUAUUUAGUGUACUAUAAUGAUCAAUGUAUUUAGUGUAUUAUAAUUAUCUCAAAAUGAAGCACAUUAUGAAAUUUUGCCCUACCUGUGAUUUAUUUAUGCCUUAAGUCUAUGAAUUAAAAAAAGCUUUUUGUCAUGAAAACUAGUUUAAUUCCAUACAGAGUGAACAGGCUAAAGCCUAGCUCACAUCCUGCCAUACGUGUUUCGACAGGCACAGGUCGUAGGGUCAGGUAGCUCACAUACAGGUGAAAGCUUUGUAUGUGUUGGACCAAAAGUCUAUGAUCUUCUACGGUGCUGAACACACGCUAUUGACGCGUAAGUCGUAAGUCUCGCGCAGGGUUUACUAAAAUUUCCGUCGUAGACUGCCCAUGGUAGCACUACGACUGGGUGUGAACUAAGCUUUACCGACCAGGAAAUCUAAUGAACGAUCCCGGUGUUGGCGAAGAAUGUUUGUCGGGAUUGUUGAGCAUGGUUUAUUCCCGUCAGUCAUGUGUGUUUGUGGUGCAUGUUUGUUGGUGUAUGUUUGUUGGUGCAUGUUUGUGGUGCGUGUUUGUUGAUGCAUGUGUGUGUUGUGCGUGUUUGUUGGUGCAUGUUUGUGGUGCGUGUUUUUUGAUGCGUGUGUGGUGUGUGUUUGUUGGUGUGUGUUAGUUGGUGCAAUUUUUGUUGGUAUGUAUUUGUUGGGGGAGGGCCUGACAUCGGAAGAAAAGAAAGAGGUCACAUGUUUUAUAUUUCGAAGUCGUAUUUUAACCUUAACUUUUUCAUUAACUAAAAUAUUAUUUUCUGAUAGAAUUGAUUUCUAGCUAUUCUUUGGCACCUAGAAAUGGACACAACUGGGUCGCAAAACAUAUAAUAAUGUAAUAUGAAUGUAUAUAAACUGAUU